AUGGCGACGUGUAGGACCCACCCGCCGGUGCAAGUUCGUCGUGAUUCCAUCUCCUUUCUGAUCAUCAGCGCAAUUCAUAAUGCCGGCGUCGUCGUCGUCGUCGCCCGAGACCGUGAGCUGCGGCUUCGCUCUGGAGGAGGAUCCGUGGUCGCCCAUGAUGAUCGGCGGCGACGACUUCUUCCUGGCGCAGCUGGUGCCGAGGACGUCUCGGACGGGCUCCUCGGCAAGUUCGCCGACACCAGCGCGUUCGACUUCGACUACGACCGCAGCGGGCUCUGGUCGCCGCUCGUGCCGCUGCGCCCCGAGGUCAUGCUGCUCGCGCAGUCCCCGGCGGCCGCGGCGACGGCGGUGGCGCCGGAAGCGGAGGAAGGUGCUCUGCGGCUGCUGGCGAUGGUGGUGACGUGA